UGGUAAUGUAUCCCAACAGUACGCACGUACGUGGUAGGUACGAUACUGGUACGCAUAGUACAACGUACGCUCACCGUACCAAUACCGUGGAAAUAUCUUGUUAUCUGGGAUGCGCUGUGUUCCAAAACUCACAACAAUUGUAUCGAGAUAGGAUAAAACAGACGGAAAGUGCAAAAAGUUCAAGUACAAAGAUCGAACGAAUCUGAUUAUUAUCGGCGCGACAAUCAUUAAACAUGCUCGAUAGCGUAAAAAUAAAUACCGCAGAGACGAAGCAGCGACUAAUUGAAUUCACUGUGGGCGUAUAACAAUGAGCAGAUUAAAAGAAACUCAAUUAAUUACAGCCAUUAGUUCAUCGUUUUACAAAAAUGUACUUUUGCUUACGCAAGUCGUACCACCGUCAGUCGAGUUUCAACGGCACUUUAAAAAGGGCAUGUUUGACAAGCCUAAUACGGCGGGUUUCCUGCAUGUAUCGCAUUAUCUAUCAGUCGUGUGCGACGCAAAGCUGUUCAAGCGAAUGGUCAAAUGGCCGAUCUUAUGCAAAACGGACGAGGCAACGUAUCGCGUUGAAAUGAAGAGUCUCUUGUGCGUCCUGUCGCGAGACAAUCCCGACCUCAACUUCCCAACGAUACUGAUGUCCCACUUGAUCCAGUCGGGAGGAAUCAAGUUUCAGAUUAUUAUGUGGAAGCUGUCGCAACUCGCUCUCAGGACUCACGUGAACAGGGAACUUCAAGGAGAAUUGUUGAACGCGCCGUGUACGAGUCCAGUGCAGGAUUUAACGAUAGCGUACAUCAAUAGUAUAAUCGCGCAAAAAUGCAGCGUCAUAAUGGGGACUCAUAAAAAGACGGAGAAAAUACUGAAGGCCGCAAAUUAUUUCCUGAGCAGCGAGAUCGAGAGAUCGAAUGCGUGUAAAUCGGAGAUUUUCGACAGAAGGGAGAAUAUAAAAAAACUGGUCCUUGAUCUGCCGGCACAUCCAUUAAUUCAAAAGCGAUUGAUAGACGUCGAAGAUUCUAACGUCACAGACUUAUGGAGAAGAAGCAUUUUCAAGAAGAUUCAAUAUAUAUACCGAAAGAAUGAAGAAUUGAAUGAAUUAGAGGAAUCCAGCAGUCGUUUGUGCAAACUUGUCUUGAGGAUAAACUCGAAUUCCGUGACGAUCGAGGCGUACAAAUUUCCCGAAAUUCGCUGCGAUAGUUUAUUAUAUACGCAAUCCGAGACGCAGCAUUUAAUUCGCAAUUUACACGCAAAUGGCUCCAUCGUGUUUUCCUCUUUACUGUCGCUGCUGCACUUGACAUUCACGCAAAUAUUACAUCAUCACGGAAACAUCGCCGAUCUUUCCGAUCUGUCGCGGUGUCUACCGUUCGUUCAGAACGCUUGCAAAAAGAUGAAAUCUCUGCAGACGCUGUUCGGCGCGCUAAACACGAGAAUCGACGGUAUGUGCAGAAACGAGCGAUACACGUCGCGGGAAAUUAAAGAUGUCAGCGUCUAUUUCGACGCGGACAGCGCAUCAAUUGUAAACCGCAACAUUUUACUGCAAUCUCCAAAGGUCAGUUUCAAUUUUAAUCAAUGCACGGAUGAUGAUCUUUUCUAUGAGAGACUGUGCUCAUCUCCGACGAAAGGCAAACGCAAACAUUUAUUUAAGAGGUACAAACGAGAAUAUCGUCCGCUGUGCGAGCUACCUGCAAGGAAUUGCUCAAGUCCUUCGUCGGACUUGAGCAAUUCCUGGAACAGCAUGAGCGGAUGGCUGUCACCCCGCGCGUGUUCUGUCAAGUGCGAGCAAAUCUCGUUUAAAGGAAAGCCGCUUUCGUCCUUGUACUCUCGAUUGCUAUGUCACUCUAAGUUGCAUUUGAAGCGGCCUGGAGGAAACGUAUCGCGCAGCCCGGAUGUAAACUACGAGGGAUUGAAUCUAACACCGAGAAAACGUCGCUCGAAAGCAGAGCAUCUGAUAACGAACGACUAUGGUGGCAAAAUGAAAAAUCUCUUUUAAUCCCGUCGUGAUACUGUUCGCGUUAUACGUACAUCAUCUCAAAGAAUUGACGAAACGCGCAACUGGUUUGACAAGAAAUGCUCACUGAUGCUUUACUGAGUAAUCUCGACAUUGGAGGAAAAAAAAUAAUGUAAAGUUUCAACAAUUAAUUGCUCAAACUUACUUAAUAGUCUUGAUUUAUAUUAAAUACAAGACAUAUGUGAUAUACCACACCGUUUCCUAAUAUAUAUAUUUCACUUUCUAUUUCGGUGUUACGUAUCUGACAUUCUAUGUUUUACAUUUUUACAAUAACAACAAAGAAACAACGUUAGAGGAGUAGGUCAAUAUUGACAAUAUUGUGUAUUUAUAAAGAUGUAUAUCUCAUUCUCACGGGCCAUCUAAUAAUUUUUCAUUACAAAAAGAUCUUAUAAUUGUGAAUUUUUCCCAUAUUUUAUAAAUUAUAAUUUUAUUAACAUUAAAUAGGAUGAAUAAGAUAAAGUGGA